AUGAUGGCAAGUAUCCAUAAGCUUGAUCCAAAUGUGCAGAAGAUACUGAAAUCGCAGGCAUUCACAGUUUCCAUGGCUUCCGCGGUUACAGAAGUGGUACAGAAUUCCCUUGAUGCACAGGCCAACCAAGUCGAUAUUUCCAUAGAUAUUGGCAAGCUGAGUUUUACCGUUUCUGACAAUGGAGUAGGAAUGAUCCCAGGUGACCUGAAUAGGCUGGGAGCACACAACUCUACUUCGAAGAUUAACACUUUGCGAGACCUUGCUAAUUUGAAGACUUACGGAUUUCGAGGUGAAGCUCUUUUCUGCAUUUCAAGCGUCUCUCACAUGAUAGUGGUUUCCAAGGUCAAGGAGUACAACUCUACGUGGAUAAGACGGUUACCGAAUUCAGCAACUAUGCUCUCAGUUGAGCCGCGCGAGGACGAUAUAUCUGUCCCACUAGAUAGUGGAACAACUGUCGUAGUUCAAGAUUUGUUGCAUAACAUCCCUGUGAGAAGAAAGAUUUUACAAAACGAGCCAGCAUUCAAAACAUAUAUGUCGCUCAAGGAAAACUUGUUCCAAUUACUAAUUCUUCACCCCGAAUUACAGCUAACCGUACGGUAUAUCAACGACGCAGAAGAGAGACAUCAGCUUUUUGCCUCGAAACAGAUAUCAUCACACAUGAAACCCUACGAGAAGUUGUCGCUUACUUUUUUGAACACUUUCGGUUCAGUUGUUCCUAUUGAAUCAUUGAAAAAGGUCUCUGUUGACUUUAAAGAUUUCAGACUUAAUGGAAUCAUCUCAAAAGUUGCUGUAAGGGUUAGAGAUUAUCAACUAAUAUACAUCAAUGGCAGAAGGUAUCACAAUGCCUCGUUUCUCAGAACUCUGGAAAACAUGUUUCAGGCAGCUGGAUUCGGCAAUGAUGAAUCAAAUAAAACAUCAGUUAAAAGUGUGGGAAGACCUUAUACCUGCCAUGCUCUGAUAAUCAUUGAUAUCAGAUGUCCUCUUGUUACUGAUGACUUGAUGCAAGACCCUAGCAAGAAGAUUUUAUUAUCAUCACAGGCCGAUGUCAUUCACCCACUGAUCUUAAAGGUAGUAGAGUCCUUUCUAUCCCAUCAAGGAUAUGUUCCGUUUAGUCAUGUAACAGCUGAUGGCGAGAACAUAAACAAUAAAUUACUCAAGACUCCCCAAGCGAGCUCGCAAUCAGUAAGCACCGUAUUGGACUCCAAGAUUCGUAUGGCUAAGAUAAAUAAUCGUGAGAUUGAAGGAAGGGUAUUAAAGACAUCUAUAUCGGGGAGAGGCUAUCAAAAAUUGCGACCAAGUAUAGAAAAGGUCUUCUUGGGACGAAAGUCAAUCACUCAUGAUUUAAAAGACCGUUUCCUACGUGAUACAUCUCAAAUACCAGAAAGAAUCGAACAGAUAUCGUUCUCAAACAACCACACAAUAGAUCGCACCCAGCUGAACGAUGCUGAGAUUAUCAAUCAGGUUGGAAAGAAGUUCAUUCUGGCUCGGAUAUGGCCCCACGGAAAGGUCAAACACCCCACUCUAAUCAUCGUGGAUCAACACGCAUCUGAUGAACGAAUAAAGCUCGAAACUUACCUCGAAAGUUUUAUUCACGAAGUGCUUGGUCAUACCAUCCAGUCACAACCGAUUCAUAAUUGCAGGAUUGGAAUAUCUGCUACUGAAACUGAGCUUUUCAGACAUUUUGAGAAAGAGUUCAACACAUGGGGAAUAUUUUACUACCUAACUUCCAACCCACUGGAAGGUUCUUAUUUAGAGGUAAAAUCGCUUCCGGUAAUCUUAAGCGAAAAGGCUGAUGGUGACAUUGGCUAUUUGAAACGAGCAUUGCAACAGAUUGCCGAGGACUUAAAAAGCUUCAAGAAGUUGCCCAUCGUCAACAAAAAGGAAGAUCCUUUCAGCACCAUCGAAUGGUGGAAAUACGUUAGCUGUAUUCCAGUAGUAUUUCGCGAGAUUUUCAACAGUAAAGCUUGCAGGUCAGCAAUUAUGUUUGGGGAUAGCCUUACAAAGGUUGAGUGCACGUCUAUUCUCAAAGAGCUUACUAAAUGCUGGUUGCCAUUCCAAUGUGCUCACGGCAGACCAUCGAUGAUACCAUUGGCUGAGCUGAAGCAAGGUAGUAAUUUACUUAUCGAAAGAGAAAUAACCGCUGCCCUACCUGAUUAUGAGACCAGUGAGUGA